AUGAUCUAAAAGAAAAAACCCUAAUUCCCACAAAUUCAAGACGUCGACAUAAUGGAUAAAUUUCAGUCUAAGAAACAAAUCAAAGCCAUUCCGUAUUCCCAUAGCCAAUCUAUCCAGGAGGAGGAUGAGCAGUCCUCCUCUUAGAUCAAUUUGUUUGGCCACUCUAAGCCGUCUUUCUUAAUGACUUUCCCUCAACAACCCAGAGAUUGUCAAGGCAGUGAAGAAAUAAAGGCUCCCACUAUCAUAACUAAUUUGCUUUCCAACAAAAGUCAAGAAUAACUGGCGAUUAAAAAGGAGUGUCGAUAACACAACCCUUUUAAAUAUCUAGAUGAAAGCUCAGAGUUUUCAUCUAAGAUGAAUUCAAUACGCUCCAUUUUUGAAGAUAAAAAACCUUUAUAAAUUAAUUAAGAGAGGGUUAAAUUACUGGUUAAUCAAAUGAGAGUUAAAUUUUUGAAUUUAAUUCAUUAUUCAAAAUAUAAUGAUCCUAUCCUAACUCAAGAAUAUUAGGAACUUUCGCCUCUAAAGUACCAUUAUUUCACCAUGUAUAUAUUUUUAUCCACCACCUUAUCAAACAUACUUUCAUGUACUUUUAUUCCCCUUGUCCAAUUCUUUGAUGUCUCCUAACUUACUACUAUUAUUUCUCAAAUUGUGUAUGGAUUGACAAAUCUAAUCAUUAUCUAAGAUUUGAUUUUUCAAAGAGGCCCAUACAAAAUGUAGAGGGGAGUCAUCAAAGUGGAUUUCAAGGAUAGCAAUAAGAAAUUACUUGACAUUUUAAGAAUGUUCUUUUUAUCUUUUGCCGCUCUCAUUGAAAUAGAUGAGAGGAUUAAAUUAGUGUCAGUCUUACUAAUGAUGCUAUUCUAAUUCAUAAGAUAGGCAGAAAAUUUUGAAAAUAUCUAUAGAUCCACUCAUCAUUUCAUUUUUAUACUUUAACUGUGGAUAUCGAUCAUAAUCUCCUUCAGUUGCAUCUACUAAGUUUCUCAUUAAGAAGAAGAUCCGAAUCUCUACUUUUGUCUUACUCUUGCCGUCUCUCUAUUGACUCAUAGUGGAACUAUUUCCACAAAUAAAAAUGCUUUUCUGAUAUCCUUUUACAUGAUUAUAUGUUAUCUUUGUUUAGCAUAUACCACUAUGAUAUUAUAUGUUUGGAUGAAGCCAGAAAUAGAAAUUGAGGAGGAGAAAUAAAAGUUACUUAAAGGAUUUGUGGAAAGAUUUAGAGAGAAAUGCGAAAACGAUGGACUUUUAAAGAGAUGCUAUUCCUAUUUGGAAUUCAGAAUAGAUGAAGAUUUAAACAAAACUAAGGAUCAACUAACUAAGAAGCUCAGUCCUGAAUUAGAGGAUGAGAUAGAUAUAUCCUUGAGAUCAACCAUGAUAGAUAAAAUUGAAUUGCUGAAUAGAUUCUCUCCUUAAUUUAAAUAAUAAUUGAUUUAUGAAAUAGAAUAAGUGACAUUUAAUCCAGAGGACAACAUUAUAAUUGAACAUCAAAUAGAGGAUCUAGGGUUGUUUUACAUAUUAAAAGGAUAAGUGAAGGUUCAAUUUUAAGGUUCAUCUUUUGGUAAUAAUAAAAGGGCAGUUACAACUUUAUAAGAAGGUUCGACAUUUGGAUAGUAUUCUUUUAUCACAGGAAUUCCUUCAAAUAUUAGUAUUUUCAGUUCUGGGGUAACAACAUUGAUGAAGAUAAAGAGAUCUGAUUUCAUUUAAACAAUAUCAAAUUAUCCAUAGGACAAUGAAAUAUUUUGCACACUCAAAGACAAUGCCUUUUAUAAUUAAAAGCUAUUUGAAUGUUAUUAUUGUAAAAUCAGAGGGAAUUACAUAAUAGAGUGUAGACAUUUAUAAUAUUUUCCUUAAAGAAUAAACACUAUAGAAAAAUAUCUAUAUACAGCAAAGUAAUAGAGAAGGUAAUUCGUUAGAAAAUUAAGAAAAUAUUUUGCAUGGCAAGACAUGAAUCUAAAUCAGGAUAGAGCUAGAUAAUAUGCUAAUAAAUAAAGCUAAGAUUUUGUCUCGGAUGAAUUGCCAGAACCUUCUCAAUUACCAUAUUCUGAAAGUAAAGAAUCCUUUAAAUUAGAUUAAACAUACUAAUCAGUAAGUUUCGUAAGUAAUUCCUUGGCAUAAAGAAAUUAAAGUCCAGAUUAAUAUCAAUCAGUGAGCGAAAGUUUUGAUCAAUUUAAUUUUGAAUAUGAAUGCUCAGAUGAAUAAACUAUCCAUAUCUAAGAGCCAUAAUCUAGAAGUAUUAGUAAGAAUUCCAAUAAAACCACUUUAAAAACAGCAGGUUUCCCUAUUAACGGUGAGCCAAAUAACUAAGCAAGUGCAGGGAAUAAUAUAACAGUCAUAGAAAAGGAUGAUAGAGAUAUCUUAAAUCAAUUGCAAGAGGCUUAGAUGAACAAAGAUAGAACUAUACUCUUCCCUGCAGUACGUAACAACAGUUAAAGCAAAUAAAAAUUUCAAUACCUUAAAGAAUCAUCAUAAGGAAUCUUGCUAAAAGAGGAUCAUACUUAUCAGUAAUAAUAAUAGUAAUAAUAACUAUCUCAUCCUACAUUAAAAUAAUCCAUUAGACAACCCUCAAGUAGGUCUUAAACAUACUCGAAUUCCUUGUCUAAGGAUGUCUCCAAUAAUCCUUCAUCCAAUUCCAAAUAAAAUAAAUCAUAAAAAUUAUCUAUGUAAUAUAGUUAAAGCAGAUUCUAAGAUUAAUUAGGACUUAAGAAAUAAAACAGUUCUAAAUCUCUAAGUGAUUAAAACAAAUAAAACAAUAAUAGAAGUCUAAAAUCAACCACUAGACAGAGCACUCCUAAUUAAAUUUCCUAGUUUCAUGCUAUCUCCACUCCAGAAAACCAAGGAUACUUCAUUAACGAUUUGUUAUUCAAUAAUUUUGAAACUAUGAAGGAGUAUAAAAUUUACUAUCCUCAUAAUAAUUACGCUCAAGUUAUUGAUCGUUACAUCAGGUUCUUAGAUUCUAACCGAUAAAACUAAUUUAAAAGGAAAAAGCUAAAUCAUAGUACUCCUUAUUCUAUUAAAUGCUUUGUUGCGUCUAAAAUUAAAAGAGUUAAAAAGCUAUUAUAAAACUGA